AUCCCUUCUCUUUAUUUCUUCAAUUUGCUCCGACGGUAUAUUCGGGAAUGGAUGAUAUCCACCUCCGGUGGUCGUUUCUCUAACGAUAGCUGAAAGAAAGUCGGUUUCCCUGAUUAGUUUCCGAAGUGCCCCUGCUUGCGGGAGGAGAGGAAAGGAGAGAGGAUUAUUAGGAUGUCUGUGGAGCAUAGAUGUUGCGAGACCGAAUUCUUCAUCAACAUAGUAAUUAUAGUUUUGCUCGUGUUGUUCGCCGGUUUGAUGUCUGGCCUCACUCUCGGACUCAUGUCCAUGAGUCUUGUUGAUCUCGAGGUGCUUGCCCAGUCUGGUACUCCCAAGGACAGAAAACAUGCCGCCAAGAUAUUGCCGGUUGUCAAAAAUCAACAUUUGUUGCUAUGUACGCUGCUUAUAUGCAAUGCUGCUGCAAUGGAGGCACUUCCCAUUUUUCUCGAUUCUCUGGUUACAGCUUGGGGAGCUAUUCUCAUUUCAGUGACUCUGAUUCUUCUGUUUGGUGAGCCAAGCUACAAUUUCUGAAGGAUGGGUUGGUUGGUUUGAGAAAAACUGGUCCACCUUUCUCACAUGAAAACUGCUUGUUGGAGUGGACAAUUAUAUGUAGGCAUAUAGCUGGCAGUAGGGCAAAACAUUCUUUAUGCUAAUUGUUUUGUUUUCUCUGCAGAUAAUACCCCAAUCUAUUUGUUGUCGAUAUGGUUUGACAAUUGGGGCAGCAGUGGUUCCAAUUGUCCGUGUUCUUGUCUGGAUAUGUUUUCCUGUUGCCUAUCCAAUAAGCAAGCUGUUAGACUUUCUGCUGGGACAUCGCGUUGCUCUAUUUCGCAGAGCUGAGUUGAAAACACUUGUAGACUUGCAUGGUGACGAGGCUGGAAAAGGUGGAGAACUGACUCAUGAUGAGACAACAAUUAUUGCUGGAGCACUUGAGCUCUCGGAGAAAACUGCUAAAGAUGCUAUGACUCUGAUAUCUGAAACUUUUGCAAUUGAUAUUAACUCCAAACUUGACAAGGGUUUGAUGAGUUUAAUAUUGGAGAAAGGGCAUAGCAGAGUUCCAGUUUAUUAUGAGCAGCCAACAAACAUAAUUGGACUGAUUCUGGUCAAGAAUUUGUUGACAAUUCACCCUGAAGAUGAAGUACCAGUGAAAAACAUCACUAUACGAAGGAUUCCAAGGGUUCUAGAAACAUUACCAUUAUAUGACAUUCUGAACGAGUUUCAGAAGGGUCAUAGUCACCUGGCUGUUGUUGUGGAGCAGUGCAACAAGACAGAGCAGCAGCCUUCUGUUGACUUAGCUGACAAUCCAACAACAGAGGUGAGAGUUGAUAUUGAGGGUGAUAAACCUCCCCAAGAGAAGAGUUUGAAAACUAAAAGAUCACUUAGGAAGGGGAAGAGCUCCCCAGCAGGGAGUCAGUCAUAUAAGCGUGAUAAAAAGUGGACUAAGGACCUGAACUCAGAUAUUCUAGAGAUAAACGACAGUCCACUUCCAACACUGCCUGAAGAAGAGAAAGCUGUUGGAAUAAUAACAAUGGAAGAUGUGAUUGAAGAGCUCUUAAAGGAGGAGAUCUUUGAUGAAACAGAUCAUCAUUUUGAGGACUCUUGACAUCGGCCUUUUUAAAAAGUAUAGAUUUCUGCCAUAGAGAUUAUCAUGAAAAAUUUGUUAUUUUGUUGUGUGUACCCGUAGUGUCCUAGCAUGUGCUUUUCCUAUAGCUUAUUGUCAAGUCCGAGAGCUGGUUAUACACAAAUGUAAGCCGUGGACUGGUAGUUAAAUGCUGUAUUAUGUUUUGUGCCACUCUUUUCGCCUUUUGGGUUCUCGGAGACAAUUGAAACUUGUAAGCAAAGUUGAUGGAAAUGAAAGAGAACUGCCCUACAAGACUACAUAGUGCUGUCAUAAACAUUUUUCCAACAUAAUACAUGUAUCUGUCAUCUUUUUCAAUUUUUAAUAUACCAUUUUGACAUUG